AUGGCAAAGGGUAAGACGCUAAAAAGUAUGCAUGACCACGCCGGUGAGUUGGAAAAGAGGAGUGUGCUAGACAGGAAUGUCCGGGAAUUCAGCAAGAAGCUCUCGUCGCUGUGGUUCAAGCGAAGACUAAGUGAUAAAUCACCACAAGAGAUUAAUAUGGGAACAGGAAUCGAAAAUGAAGUGACAAAUGAUGACGGAUCCACUGGAUCACAUCUUAAUUUCAACAACUUAGAGUCAACGCUAUUCCUGCAACCUUCCCGCCCUCAGUCGAGCUUCAUGUCGAUCCUAGUAGGCGUUUUCGUUGCUGUAGGUGGCUUUCUUUAUGGCUAUGACACUGGACUCAUUAACAACAUCACCGAAAUGGACUACGUUAAAACUCAUUUUGCAUCCAACAAGCAACAGUUCACAGCGAAGGAGAUGUCUAUUCUUGUGUCGUUUUUGUCACUUGGAACCUUCGUGGGCGCGCUGGCCGCACCUUUCAUUUCAGACACUUGGGGGCGCAAAUCAACUAUAAUCAUAAGCACUUUUCUGAUAUUCAUGGUGGGAAAUUCCUUACAAGUGGCUGCGAACGGAACAACUCUGUUAGUCAUAGGUCGCGUUUUUUCUGGAGUGGGGGUGGGUUUUAUAUCUGCAGUAGUUCCGUUGUACCAAAGUGAAGCAGCUCAGAAGUGGGUAAGAGGAGCCAUUAUUUCCACAUACCAGUGGGCUAUAACUUGGGGCCUGUUGGUUUCGAGCGCUGUUUCUCAGGGUACCCACAACCGCCAGGACGCUUCUUCUUAUAGAAUACCUAUUGGGCUGCAGUUUGUCUGGUCAUGUAUCCUUGGAUUCGGAAUGCUAUUUUUGCCCGAGAGUCCUCGCUAUUAUGUCUUGAAGGAUCAGUUAGACCUCGCAGCUAAAUCCUUGGCAUUCUUACGAGGGGUCCCGGAGGAUGACUCAGGCCUCCUAGAAGAAUUGGUUGAGAUAAAAGCCAAUUACGACUACGAAAUGUCUUUUGGGAGCUUCUCAUAUCUGGAUUGCUUCAAAUCCAGCAAAAGUCGAACUAAACAGAAACUCAGAAUGUUUACAGGAAUCGCGAUACAAGCAUUUCAGCAAUUUUCCGGCAUAAAUUUUAUAUUCUACUACGGGGUCAAUUUUUUCAGCAAGACCGGCAUCGGCGGCAGCUACCUGGUCUCUUUCAUCACCUACGCAGUGAACGUUGGCUUCAAUAUCCCCGGAUUAUUUUUGGUUGAGUAUAUGGGGAGAAGGAAAGUUUUAAUAUUUGGAGGUAUUCUCAUGACGGCGGCAAACUUCGUGAUUGCCAUCGUUGGGUGCGUUGAAAAGUCAGUAAUCGCAGACAAAAUUGUAAUCGCCUUUGUCUGUCUUUUCAUUGCCUCUUUUUCGGCCACUUGGGGUGGUUGCGUCUGGGCAAUUUCAGCAGAACUAUACCCGCUGGGAGUGCGCUCCAAGUGCACUGCAAUUUGUGCUGCGUCGAACUGGCUGGUAAAUUUCAUUUGCGCGCUGAUUACGCCAUACCUGAUCGAUACUGGUAAUCACACCUCGUCGCUUGGAACAAAGAUUUUUUUCAUUUGGGGGAGCCUGAACGCAGUGGGAGUCGUGAUUGUUUACGUGGCAGUUUACGAGACAAGGGGGCUGACUUUGGAAGAGAUUGACUUACUUUACCGACUGUCGCCCAACAGUCUGGCGUCUGACUCUUGGAAUAACAGGAUACGCAAAGCGCCAGGUACCAUCCAACAGAUCAGAAAUAACGAAUCACGAUUUGAGUCGGAGGCGACCACAGUGGACAGUCAUCGACAAAACCAGGCGCCCGAUUUGGGCCAUGCAUCCCAACCAAGCGCAUCAGGCUCUAGUUACGAGGACCCUGCACCGUUGAAAAGGGCAGAAAGCCCCGUACACAACUACGUGGACCUUGGAAACGGCCUGGCGCUAACUACGUACAAUCGGGGUCCACCAUCAUUACUUAUGGACUCUUCCGAUGAUGGAGAAUCGCAAAUCGGCGCAGAAGGCGGGUCUUUCUCGCGCGAUACGGAUGAAAAUUCAAGUAGUCUAAACGACUAUAUGAUUCAGUGGAUGAAUUGCCAAAGUCAGCGCAGCUGCGGUUCAAACGCUGAGAAAGGAUCACAUAACUCGCAUACACAAGGACCAAGAACGUAA